AUGGAGAUUGUCUCUGAGGUUCAAAACUACACUGCUAACGUCACAGAGAAUCUGUUACAUCGUUUUCCACACCUUGAAGGUGUUCGAGAGACGUUACGAUACGAGAGCUCUCGUCUGUGCUGUUGGCUGCAACAAAAGCUUGGGAACAAUGAGACUCCAGUGCACAAUCAAGAGCUACUACCUCUUUCUCAGCUGGUUGAGGUUCAGUUGAAACUACAGCUCAUGACCUUCCUGACUGAGAAUUUCGUCGACAUUAAAACGCAGCUGCAGCUCAUGCAUGCCACACUGGAUGAUCUGCAGCAGAAAGGAGAACGGGUCGACAAGAACUUUAAGCGACUUUACGAGCUACUCAAAGACAUUUCGACAUGUCAAUGUGAGCCACAAGAUCGUUGCACGUGCUCAACGAUUACAACUACAAUGCCGUCGUUAAGUCGCACGAGCAAGAGUAAGAACAAGAGCAAGAGUAGACGGUCAGGAGUUCGACCUCGCGAGACAUUGAUGCUGCAGGUGGAUCGACUCGACGUUCCAAUGUGA